CCACACCACCCGCGCCCCGCGACACCACACCACCCGCGCCCCGCGACACCACACCACCACAAUGUCGCAACGCGCCCCCCAGACCCUCUCCGUCAAGCGCAAACGCACCGAAGCCCCCGUCGACGCCCUCAUCUUCGACAACAGCGUCAAGCGCCAGCGCAGCGAGACCGACAUCUUCUUCCGCCGCCUCACCAAGCCCGGCGACGCGCCCCAGGACCCCAAUGCCGCGACCCCUACCACCGAGCGCCGCUUCCACCUCGACCCCGUGUCGCGCCUGAAAUCAAAACACGUCUUCAUCGAGCGCCGCGCCGCCUCGCCCCCACGCACCGCAUCACCCCCUCCGCAAGCCGUGCCCGAGCCCGCGCAAACGCGCCCGCGCAAACGCCCCGGCACCCGCGCCGCCUCGAGCGCCGCCGCGCCCUCGACGCCCGCGCACCGCUCCCAACCGUCGGCCCACGAUGUGCGCGAACUCGAGGCGCUCGCGCACCGCCUCGACGCCCCGGCCCCGUCGCCGCUGAAAUACAAGCCCAAAGCACCACACGCGCGCUUCGCGGAGCGCUCGCCCGCCAAAGCCGCAGCCCUCGCUGCCCACGACGACGCAGACGCCAUGGACAUCGACACCGAGUACGUCAUCGACACAUACGUCCGCGUAUCGCAGCCAGCCUCCACACUCGCCUCGCACGGCACCGUCGGGUACCUCGUGCUCGCAGCCGACGACGACGAGUGGUGGACGGGCAGCGACUCGGAGCCCGAGGCCGACAGCGACGAGGACUCGAAUGCGGAGGAGUACUACGGGAACGACUACCCGGAGGACGAGGGGAGCGAGGGCGACGACAGCGACGACGGGGAGGGGUUUGCGGGCGCGAAGGGGUUGAGAGGCGAUGAGGAGUUUUACGCAGGCGGCAGUGGGAGUGAGGAUGCGGGGAGCGGGGAUGAAGAUGAUCUGCACUAUAAGAUGACGGUGCCGAAGGCGUUGCGGCAGGGGUACUGGGGGAUGAAGGGGGAGGCGGCGUGAGGUGGGGAGACCGGAUGUGGUAUGGUUCUGGGCAGGUGGAAUACCCCGAUGUAUUGAUCUUAGGCCAAUCGACCGCGUAACGCUGCUGCGCUCCUUGCCUCCGUCCAAAAACCCGCCGAUCAUCCGUGUAGUAGUCACGCCCGUCGUGGUGUUGCACGGCACACAGCUAGCCCUGCUCUCUACGCGUCCGCACCAGCGCCGUCGAUGCCGCGGUACUGCUCCAUCACUGCUCCAUCACCACCCGUGCACGACAGCGGCCGCUACGCCGUUGACCCUGCAGCC